CCUUCUGCUCCUGCCUUGUGUCUGUGAGCUCCCAUUCCUGCCUGCCCAGCCUGAGCCGCUCUCGUACUCACAGUCUGUCUCACUGAGUCUCACACUCUACCGCAACAAUGCAGUCUACAUACUCUAUGCGCUCCUCCACUAGUACUAGGACUCCUGCUAUAUCAAUGACCCGUACAACCCCUGUCUACAGGGCCACCUCCAUCCACGGUGGGGCCGGUGGCAGCCGCAUCAGCAUCUCCUCCGGCGCCCGCGGUGGUGGCAUGGGAAUGGCCUCUGGAGGAGGGGCCUUCUCCAGCAGCGUCCAGGUGAGCUCCAGCGGGAAAAGUGCCGACAUCAUGGGCAACGAGAAGUUUGCCAUGCAGAACCUGAACGACCGUCUGGCCAACUACCUGGAGACGGUGAGGAACCUGGAGCAGGCCAACCACAAGCUGGAGAUUAAGAUCAAGGAGGCCCUGGAGAAGAGCGGACCCGACUUCAGAGACUACAGCAAGUACCAGGCCAUCCUGGAUGACCUGAGGAAGAAGGUGUUCGAUGCCACCACUGACAAUGCCCGCCUGGUUCUCAACAUCGACAACGCUCGCCUGGCGGCCGAUGACUUCAGAGUGAAAUACGAGUCUGAGCUGGCGAUCCGCCAGUCCGUGGAGGCCGACAUCGUCGGUCUGAGGAAGCUCAUCGAUGACACCAACAUGAGCCGCAUGAACCUGGAGAGCGAGAUCGAAGCCUUGAAGGAGGAGCUCAUCCACCUGAAGAAGAACCACGAAAAUGAAGUUAUGGAGCUUCGCAACCAGAUCGCCCAGUCAGGAGUCCACGUGGAUGUCGACGCCCCCAAAGGACAGGACCUGGCUCAGCUCAUGGCGGAAAUUAGGGCCAAGUACGAGAAGAUGGCACUGAAGAACCAAGAAGAACUCAAAGCAUGGCACGAAUCUCAGAUAACAGAAGUGCAGACCCAGGUAUCCCAGAACACAGAGGCCCUGAAGGGAGCCCAGACAGAAGUGAACGAGCUGCGGCGACAGAUCCAGACCCUGGAGAUCGAUCUGGAGUCACAGAGGAGCCUGAAAGCCUCCCUGGAGGGCACGCUGAGGGACACAGAGAUGCGUUAUAACAUGGAGGUGGAGGCUCUCAACAACGUCCUCCUGGGUCUGGAGGCGGAGCUCACACAACUGCGUAACAACAUCCAGAUGCAGACGCAGGAUUACGAGGCCCUGCUCAACACAAAGAUGAAGCUGGAGGCCGAGAUCGCUACAUACAGACGGCUCCUGGACGGUGAAGACUUCCAGCUCCAGGACGCUCUUCAAGACCAGAAAACAGUGAAGAAAGUGAUGACUGUCACACAGACCCUGGUGGACGGCAAGGUGAUCUCCUCCAGCACAGAAACCAAGAACCUUUGAACGCCAGAAGAAACCGCCUAAUACCCCUAACAAUCACCGUCACCGCAACAUAACACUAACAUACAAUUGGCCAAAAUUGAUCCUUUUUUUUUUUUCCGAUGGGCUCUUAGUCAUCAGCACUAACCAGCACCGCAGUUAGUUUGACCUCCUGGGUAUGCAGCUCGACCACAGGCUGAUUAACAACUGGAUCAGAAAAAAACUGAAUCAUCUUUUAUUUAUUUCAUCACGCUUUAUUUAUGUGUCCGUGUGUUGACCUGCAGAUGUUUACAAAAGCUCAGAAUUGGUGAUCUGUAAGCUUUUUCGGCGACAAACUAAUUGAAGACAUUGGAUAUUUCAGAGUUACAAAAGUGUCACGCAGUGUUACUCAAAAUAAGUUUUUAUACUUCAUCAUCUUUGGUUUUCUUUCUGUCCAGUUAAGUCCGCCUGUUGUGCUGUGAUGUUCAGACAGUCCAAUAAAGUCCAUUCGUGAAAUGUA